AUGUUGGAAAUGAGCGAUUCCGAUCUAGAGACUAUUGGAAGUGUCGAGAAGAUGGAUGAUUGGCUUGAACGAACAGACCAAAUGGGCCGGGAAUUACAAGAACCUUUGGAUGAAACGCCCCUACCGGUGUACGACAAAGUUACACAAGAACCAGUAAUGGUGUCGAAUCAUCAGAAAGUUUCUAGCAGACAAUAUCCAGAAGUGCCAUGCCAGCCGCAGCGUCCUUUCCAGGAUCAACAUUCUUUCCCACCGGCGGUUACGCAACCAGUUCAAAGAAGUUGCGUUCCGAGUGACGUGUACCUCGAGCAUGACUUAUACGGUAGUGGAUUGCCAGUGCCUGUUUCUCGUUAUCAACCAUCGUUCGGUAACUCAGCAGGAGUAACCUUUAAUUUACCACCUCUCCCACUCUACACCACAGUGUCACAACCGACAGUGAUAACACCGGCGCAUCCACAGGGGAAUCUUCGGUAUCCGACUACGUCGAGUUCCUAUGAUUCCUCUCCUUUCAGUCACGGUAUCCCACAACCUGGAAGGAUAACAUCUACGCCCCGCACGAAUGUGAGUACCUCUCAACGACCAAUAGGCAACGGUUCUGUAGUUCCACCACUGAACAGUGGACAUUUGGCAGCCAGGCAGACUGUAAAAGACCUGCCCAAGUUUGGCGGAGAUCCAGAAGAUUGGCCACGGUUCAUCGCAGCAUAUGAAAGAACAACCAGAAUGUGUGCUUUCCAAAAUGAUGAGCUGCUCGAUCGUCUAGAGAGAAGCCUGUACGAUAAAGCUCUCAAUAGUGUUAAAAGCCUGCUUCUGCACCCUGACAACGUUCCAGUAAUAAUGAACCGUUUGAAAACUCUCUUCGGGAACCCGGAGUUUAUUGUUGAAACGAUGGUGAAUAAGGUUAAAAUGAUGCCACCACCGAAAGCCGAGAAACUGGAAACCAUUGUAGAUUUCGGCGUUGCAGUGCAGAAUUUGUGUGCUACAAUUCAAGUAUGCCAAAUGGACGAACGUUUUUACAACGUGGCGUUGCUCCAGGAACUUGUUGACAGUUUACCGCCGACAUUAAAAAUGAAAUGGGCAUUCUAUCGAAAGGAAAUCGGAGCAGCCAUUUUACGGGAGUUCAAUGCGUGGCUUGGGAACAUGGUUGAUGCUAUAAGUCAAGUGAGCAGACCACAAGCUUACACGAAGCCUUUGAAGAUGGAGAAGAAAGGUCGGAAAGAAGAUGCCUUUGUACAUCUGCAUUCCGAACAACCGCCUGAGUUGAUCAAUCGCAGAGCAUGUUUAGCGUGUGCAGGAGAAUGCAGUAGUCUGGACAAGUGUAACAGUUUCUUAAGGAUGGUACCGAAUGCACGGUGGGCAUUAGUGAAUGAAAAGAAGAUCUGUCGAAAAUGCUUGACUAAACACUUUAGAACAUGCGAGAUAAAAGUUCCUUGUAACCAGAACGGUUGUAGUUUUCUGCACCAUCGUUUACUCCACGAUGAUAGCAAGCACCAGGGUUGUUCAUCGCCGAGUGAAUUAUUGGAAAAUUCUUCAUGUAAUGCACAUCACUGCCCGCCCGAUGGAGUGCUUUUAAAAUAUGUCCGUGUUACACUACACGCGAAAAACCGAUCGAUCGACACGUAUGCCUUCCUCGAUGCUGGAUCAACCUCCACGUUAAUGGAGCAUAGCUUGUGGGAGGAGUUGAAUCUGGGUGGCGAGAGAAAUCCGCUAUGCAUCACAUGGACUGGCGGUCAAGGGAGAUACGAAGGAAAUUCAGUGAAAUGUUCCCUCGACAUAUCAGGUGCCCAAAAUCCAACCAAACGUUUCUACCUUUCGAAAGUGCAUACUGUACGGAAACUGGAUCUUCCUUCGCAAUCGAUGUCUGCUACAGAGCUCACAAGAUACUUCCAAUAUUUAUCCGGUCUUCCUCUCGAAUCGUACUCUAAAGUGAAACCACGCAUCCUGAUAGGUGUGGAUAAUUCCAGAUUAGACUAUCCAUUGGACUCCAGAGAAGGGAGCUAUAGUCAACCUACUGCUGUACUGACGCGAUUGGGUUGGAUAAUCUACGGGCCAUGUUCAGUUGCAAAACGAUCGACGACUGUGAAGGAGAAUGCGUAUAGCUAUCACAUCUGUGAGUGUGAUGCCCUUCAGUCGGCUGUCAAGAAUUAUUUCGCUCUGGACAGUCUUGGAAUUCAACUCAAUGGGAAGACAUUGAUGUCGAACGAGGAUGAACGUGCGAUUAACCUGCAGCAGUCCAAUACCGUGUUGAAGGACAAGAAAUACGAAACAUGUCUUCUAUGGCGAUACGACAAUGUUAGGUUGCCGGAGAGUAAGGCAAUGGCUCUGAAACGUCAUAACUGUCUCGACAAGCGCAUGGAACGUGAGCCAGAGUUAGCUAGAGUAUUUCAGGAGAAAAUCUUUGACUAUAAAGCUAAAGGAUAUAUCCGUGAACUUCUAGCGCAUGAGGAGGAAAUGCAAAGAGAACGUUCGUGGUAUCUGCCAAUUUUUCCCGUGUUCAAUCCCAACAAACCCGGAAAGCUUCGGAUUGUGUGGGAUGCCGCAGCAAAAGUAGGCGCAGUUUCGCUGAAUACCUUUCUAUUGAAAGGCCCGGAUCUAGUUACACCUCUUCCGCAAGUACUUCAUAGGUUUCGAGAACACCGAGUGGCGGUCUCUGGUGAUGUGCGCGAAAUGUUUCAUCAGGUCUUGAUGAACCGUGACGAUCAGCAUUGUCUAAGGUUUUUCUGCAACGAAGGUUUCCCCGGUAAGGCUCCUACUGUAUAUGUUAUGCAGGUGAUGACGUUUGGUGCAAGCUGUUCGCCAAGCAGCGCACAAUACGUUAAGAAUCUAAAUGCAGAACGUUUCAGAACCCAGUUUCCGGAAGCAGUGGAGGCGAUCUGUAAAGGAACUUAUGUAGAUGACAUGUUAUACAGUGUCGAAACGGAAGAAGAGGCAGUUAGACUUGCUCAGAACGUACGCUUCAUCUAUUCUGAAGGAGGAUUCGAAAUCCGUGGAUGGUUGUCGAACUCUAAGAAGGUGGUGGAGUCCAUGGGCGAACACGGAAUUGCCGCGAAAAGUCUUGACCAAAUAGUUUUUGAUUAUGUGGGUUGCCAACGAGUAGAUUACAAUCGACCAUUUCGGAUUUCGGUUCCAACUUCGGUCGAUAUCGGUGGUGAACGGUCGAUAUCGGUGGUGAAAAGUUCCAGAUAA